AGAGGCAGCAGAGUGUCGGGAACUCCAGCAGCUCCUCUCUAUAUAUUUCCACUGAGGCUCUGUUUUUGGGAUUCAUUCAUCCCCGUCAGAGCUGCUGCUCGGUCCGCCCGGACAGGAUCUCCUCUUCCAUCCACCCGUCCAUCCACCUAUCCGUGUUCACCUCCCCCUCUGCCCAGAGGUGCGCAGCGUCCGCAUCUGCACCUCAGAAGACGCUGCUUCCUGGAUGGAGGAUGUUUGGGGCUGACCUCGGCGAUCACUGACUGGCUCGCUGAGCUUCUCUCGUCACAGCUGCUGUCAUGGCCAAAAGCCCGGAGGUGAAGCUGGCCGUCUUCGGCAGAGCCGGGGUGGGAAAGUCAGCUCUGGUGGUGAGAUUUCUGACCAGACGCUUCAUCUGGGAGUAUGACCCCACACUUGAAUCAACAUAUCGUCAUCAAGCCAAUAUCGACGAUGAGGCUGUCACCAUGGAGAUUCUCGACACUGCAGGCCAGGAGGACAUCCAGCAGAGGGAGGGUCACAUGCGUUGGGGUGACGGCUUUGUCCUUGUGUAUGACAUCACGGAUCGGGGAAGCUUUGAGGAGGUGGGGCCGCUCCGAAGCCUCCUAGAGGAGGUGAAGAAACCGAAGAACGUUCCUCUGGUUCUGGUGGGCAACAAGUCUGACCUGGACCACGUCCGGCAAGUCGGUACAGAGGAAGGAGAGCGGCUGGCAGCCGAAAUGGCGUGUGCCUUCUACGAAUGCUCUGCCUGUGCCGACGAGGGCGGCGCUGUGGCCGAGGCGUUCCACGAGCUCUGCAGAGAGGUGAGACGCCGCAAAGCUGUUCAGGGAAAAGCCAGACGCCGCAGCUCCACCACUCAUGUCAAACAGGCCAUCAACAAGAUGCUGACCAAGAUCAGCAGCUAGGGAAGAGCCAUGCUACCGCCUGAUGACAGGAACAAAAAUUGCUUUUCUCGCUCAAAUGUUUUGGACCAUCAGUGGACGAUGACUGAUUUAAGUGUGAAAUGUGUUCUUCUGUUAUUCUCUAAUUGUUAUUCGAUGAAAAAAAAUAAAAUCCAAGUGCACUGUCUUUUCAGGCUGUAAGAGACAACGAAUGACACUUGGCUUGGGAGCCAUAAAA